AUGUCGGUAUGCUUCAUUGGUGACAUGGUUAAACCUCAAAUGGUACCGCUAGCCAGCACGUUCUUUCAGCAACGUGGUUUAACCUCUCUAAACUGUCAACUGAAGUCGAGUAAACUGAAUCUAGUUCGUGGUUCGCUAUUUAAACUGAAUCUAGUUCGUGGUUCGCUAUUUAAACUGAAUCUAGUUCAUGGAUCGCAAUUUAAACUGAAUCUAGUUCAUAGUUUGUUUUUUAAACUGAAUCUAGUUCAUGGUUUGUUAUUUAAACUGAAUCUAGUUCGUGGUUCGCUAUUUAAACUGAAUCUAGUUCAUGGUUCGCUAUUUAAACUGAAUCUAGUUCAUGGUUCGUUAUUUAAACUGAAUCUAGUUCAUGGUUUGUUAUUUAAACUGAAUCUAGUUCAUGGUUGGUUAUUUAAACUGAAUCUAGUUCGGGGUUCGCUAUUUAAACUGAAUCUAGUUCAUGGUUUGUUAUUUAAACUGAAUCUAGUUCAUGUUGGUUCGCUAUUUAAACUGAAUCUAGUUCUUGGUUCGUUAUUUAAACUGAAUUUAGUUUUUGGUUCGUUAUUUAAACUGAAUCUAGAUCUUGGUUCGUUAUUUAAACUGAAUCUAGUUCAUGGUUUGUUAUUUAAACCGAAUCUAGUUCAUGGUUCGUUAUUUAAACUGAAUCUAGUUCAUGGUUUGUUAUUUAAACUGAAUUUAGUUAUUGGUUCGUUAUUCAAACUGAAUCUAGUUCGUGGUUCGCUAUUUAAACUGAAUAUGAAUCUAGUUCAUGGUUCGUUAUUUAAACUGAAUCUAGUUCUUGGUUCGUUAUAUAAACUGAAUCUAGUUCCUGGUUUGUUAUUUAAACUGAAUCUAGUUCUUGGUUUGUUUUUUAAACUGAAUCUAGUUCAUGGUUUGUUAUUUAAACUGAAUCUAGUUCAUGGUUCGUUAUUUAAACUGAAUCUAGUUCUUGGUUCGUUAUUUAAACUGAAUCUAGUUCUUGGUUCGUUAUUUAAACUGAAUCUAGUUCAUGGUUCGUUAUUUAAACUGAAUCUAGUUCUUGGUUCGUUAUUUAAACUGAAUUUAGUUCAUGAUUUGUUUUUUAAACUGAAUCUAGUUCAUGGUUUGUUAUUUAAACUGAAUCUAGUUCAUGAUUUGUUUUUUAAACUGAAUCUAGAUCUUGGUUUGUUAUUCAAGAUGAAUCUAGUUCAUGGUUUGUUUUAG